AUGUUUUUUGAAGCUUUCAGGCAGUAUGGCGGGCCAACAUUCUAUGAGGCUGUUCGAAUCCCUUGGGAGGGAGAUUUACUGACCUCUGGGUUGAUAUUUUGUUUCGCGAUUUUGAUUCUUUCAUUCUAUGUCAUUCUUCCAGGAGUUUUCGGUAAAGAGAGGUUGUUCGCAUUUACACGUAUUACAGUGAGUCUGUUCAUUGGUGCUGCCAUACUUGUGUGCAACUUUGCGAUGACUUGGGAAACUGCCAAAACGCAAACAGUGACCAAGUACAGGGCGGGUACGGGACAGGACGCCAAUGUCACUGUCGGGGUCAACAUUGGGUUCAGAGGCAUGAACAUUACUCUAAAAGGCGACAAGGAUCAAAUACAAGGAGAAACAAUCAACUACAACGAAAAUUUCAACUGGGAAGGUCUGCAAGGCAGGCUGGGAUUCGGCCCGUUCGCUGGACAGUUCAACAGACAGUUCCGAGCUGCCCAACUUCGUGGUGUGCCCCUGCCUAUACUGACCGUUGCUGAGUACUUCACCCUUGAUGGUGAAGGCAUCCGAUGGGGCAGAUAUUACAGACUGGCCGGCUGGUACUCACACAUCGCUCUGUGGCUGGCAUUUCCACUUUGGAUAUUAUCCAACAUCCUGUUCUUCAUCCUUCUACGGUAUGGCGCCUACUUCUUGGCCCUAACAGGCUUGUCGAUGAUUACGUCCAAUAUCAUCUGGACAACCCUGAGAAAUCCGUUAGAUCUGAAGAUAAACUUCACUUCUGAAGAUGUCCUUGUGUUUUCGUAUGGUCCAGCAUUUUGGGUUUGUCUCAUAACUGGUAUCAUCUGCGUUGUUCUGGGCAUCGUUGUGUUUUUGAUGGACAAGCUGUUUCCUGCACAAGCCGCUGUCUUCUUCAGUGUAGAUGUUCUUCAGGACUCCGAGAAUAUCGUUGUUGAAGAUGACCUCCAGCCAGACACAACAGACAGAGCGACGAAGGUCAACGAAGAACAUACAGAAAGCAUCACUGUUACUCCCGCACCCCGAGACAGUGACUCCGAGGAUGACGAAGCUGAUGGCGUCUACAUGAAACCACCUCCCCCACGACCUAAAGUAAUUGCCUUUGACAUUGUCCAGCUUCCCACGACCCCUGACGCCGCCAGACCUUACACACUAAGACCGCACCCACUGGAAAGAUCGGUCCGAAGCAGCGAGCACAGAUUUACACGAAGCUGGCAGCGGCCCCGCCGCAGGGACCCACCUCCUAGACCCCCACAUCAGCCUGCGGACGACAUCAGUGUCGAUUACGUCAUUGUCCCAGGAAGACGACCAGAACGUAACGAUUCCUCAGAGAACCUGUUGUCUAGUGGUAGUCAUAGCCAAAAUUCAGUUAUUCGAUACCAGAAUCCAGGAUAUGGCAGUGUUACGUAA